ACUCUCUCUCUCUCUUCACACAAAUUCAGACAGGCACAGUCUGAGGCUUCAGAUAUUCAUCUUCUUCGUUCUUGAAAAUGGAGGAUUUCCAUUCUCAGCCACAGCCACCGCCUCUGUUAGUGAGCUCACUCUCUCCUCCAUCUGACCUGAUGCUUCGAAGAAGCUCAAGUGCCGAUUUCCCUUCGAUUCCCGGCUCUUCCGAUUUAAGGAUUUCCAAUUCCGACGCUGUUUGCUUAUCAUCCGCUGGAUCUAUCUCCGCCAGGUACAAACUCAUGUCUCCGGCGAAGCUUCCGAUCUCUCGUUCCACCUGCAUCACGAUCCCUCCUGGUCUCAGUCCCAGUUCGUUUCUCGAAUCCCCUAUUUUGUUAUCCAAUAUCAAGGUAGAGCCUUCUCCAACUACAGGUUCUUUUCUGAAGCCUCAAUUGAUGUAUUUCUCUGGAGGUGCCUCUGGUUUAUCAUUAGCUUCAAAUACUUCCAACCGCAAUCCUGCUAGUGAAAGAGAAGUCAGCCAUUUUCAGUUUAAGCUCCCGCCCCCUACUCAGAGUAAUCCACUUACAGGAUUAUCGUCUGCAGCUCCUUUGGAAAGUGAAGCAUCCAGGCAAGAUCAAUCUCAUACUCAGACUCAGUCAUUUGCUGCAGUGCCCACCAUCAAAGCUGAGAUGGCAAGAGAGCCUGUUCCAAUAUUUGCUGAGAGAUCCAUUAUAACUGCUGUUGUUGAUUCUGAUGAACUGAACCAGGGAGUGGCAACAAAUCCUGUAGGUCAGGUGUUGCAAUCUGAUCAGAAUGAUGCUGUAAAUUUGACUGUUCCUGAUAGAUCAUCUGACGAUGGAUAUAACUGGCGUAAAUAUGGCCAGAAACUCGUGAAAGGAUGUGAGUUUCCUCGAAGCUACUACAAAUGUACACAUCCGAAUUGUGAGGUCAAGAAGAUCUUUGAGCGUACUCCUGAUGGACAGAUAAAAGAGAUUGUAUACAAGGGUACGCAUGAUCACCCUAAACCUCAACCUACUCGUCGAUUUGGUGCUGGUUCCAUCGUCGCCAUGCCCGACAGAAAUGACAGUAGUUUGUCUUCAACCAUGAGAGAAGACAAGAAUACCAUGAAUGCCCAGAUGUCUCAUGCUACUGAGUCAAACGGUAAUACUGAUCUAUCUCCUGGCGGAACAAAUGAAGAUGGUCUCGAGAGUGUCCAAUAUAACAACGAGGAGUAUGAUGAUGAUGACCCAUUUUCUAAGCGGAGAAAGAUGGAAGUUGGUAGUUUUGAUGUCACGCCAGUGGUUAAACCUAUACGUGAACCACGCGUUGUUGUGCAAACUAUUAGCGAAGUUGACAUUCUUGACGAUGGUUAUAGAUGGCGUAAAUAUGGGCAGAAAGUAGUAAGAGGCAAUCCUAAUCCAAGAAGUUAUUAUAAGUGCACUAAUGCAGGAUGCCCAGUUAGAAAACAUGUGGAGAGGGCAUCUCAUGAUCCAAAAGCAGUUAUAACUACAUAUGAAGGGAAACACAAUCACGAUGUUCCAACUGCAAAAAACAGUAAUAAUAAUAAUAAUAGCAGUAGUCACGAUAAUAGCAAUGGAGGAGGAGCAAGAAUUACGAACGAUGCAGUCAGUCUAGGUCUUGGAGUCGGGAUUGGCUCUGGUGCUGAAGAACAUCAAAUGAACCCAUUUGGUGUUGAAUCUUAUAGAAGCCAAAUGGAAAACCGCCAUGGGAAUUUCGAGGUAGUACAAAUAAUGCCAGUCCAAGGUGGUGGUUACUAUGGUGGUGUUGUUAACAAUGGCCAAUUUGUCGCUUCUAGACAAAGCCAUCAUGUUGUUGAUUGAUACAAAUCCCGAUAUGCAGAAAAAAAAACAGAGUCAAGUUUUCUGGCUGUGGAUGCUUGAUGGGAGGAGACUAUAGGGAAUCAAAUCAAAUGGCUACAUAAAAGUAUACACACAUUUGGUAUUUAAUGCAAGUCAUUUUAAGUUUUUAACUGUUGUUUGUAAUGGAGAAUGUGGUAGUAAAAAAAUAGAUUAAAUUCAGAGUUUGGGUUAUUUACUAUAUAUGGUGAAAUUAUGCAGAUUUUCUGACUUUAUGUGGUCAGGUUUGAUGGACCACAUUGAAAUGAUUGAAAUAUUUUUUCUUUGA